AUGAUCGGAAAUCUUGGGAAAGCCGUCCAUUCUAAAACGAGUGGGACGUGGGAGUGGGGCGAAAAGAACAGUCGUGACAGUAGGUCUGAGAGCACCGUCGAAAUGGGAGGGGCAAAGGGAGGGGCAAAGGGAGGGGCAAAGGGAGAUGCAAAGGGAAAGGGUGGGCUUAAGAGGGUGGCAACCGCGGAGGCCGAGGGCAGUGGCAAGGCGGCUAAGAAGCAGAAGCCCGAGGCCGCUGGUGGGGCUGGACCAGUAGUGCCAAAAUCCAAGAGGAGCGGUCCCGUGAAGAAGGGACGGGACGCCCGGUUCGACCGGUGGGGAGGAGGAGAUCAGAUCAAAGAUUUCGUCCCGGAUGAUCUGAGAAAGAUCAAGCCUGAUGGGAUAGUGACCAUCCCUAUCGGGUAUCUCUCGACCGAGGACGAGAUGAUCGGAGGGGAGCUGGUGUCCUUCAACCCGCGUCAGCUGAACGCAGAAGGAGUGGCGCGGAUCCGGCAGAGGUUCCGUAUCAAUGGGUUCGACACGACGAGGUCCAUUUUGACGGGGGUCGUGUCGUACAAUGGGAAGACCUUCCCGAUGGACAAGAAAAUGCGGGAUACCUGGGACGAGGUGGAGAGAGAGAGCAUCAAGGAUUGGAAGGAGUAUUUGGAGAAGACGAAGGAGACAAGCCCUCUGAGUGCGUGGACGCUGAAGCACAUCGCAGGAGAGGGGAAGUCGUGGGGGAACAAAGUGAACGUGUCCGACGGCAAGCACAGGGUGGAAGCGGUGAGGGAGGAGCAAAAAGCGAACUUCCACUCCCUGAAGCUGGACCCCCAAGGCAAGAGGCACCCGAUGGUGAAGGUGCAACUGCUGGACGCGUCAUCGGACAUGAUGGGGAAGCUGCUGGCGUCCUGCAACGCAAUCAACGAGCAAACCUCGCAGGGCAUCCAGAAGCAGACCAUCCCGCUCAAGAUCAUGACAGUCAGGAAGCUGUUGAGGAAUCUCACGGCAGACCAAGUGGAAGAGCGGUUCCCGCCCAAGACGCUGGAGGCGAUGUCGACAAUGGCGGGCAACAAGCUGAGCCUGGAGUACGUUUACUACAAGCCCGUGGGGUCGGAGAAAGUGGAGAAGAUCGCCAAGCUCCUGGUGGCCAUGAUGGUGGACCCCGUCUUCGAGGACGACGUGGCGGGCUGGCAAAAGGCAGACAACCCCCCCGACUCCACGCCCUUCGCUUCGAUGUGCAAUGCGAAGCAGAGCGAGAUGCGGAGGCUCUGCACGGCAGCCAACCACGCGGCGGGAUCGGGGUACGAGAAGGCGCUAGAAGCCAUCACCCAGGACACGGAGAUUGCAGAGGGCUUGGGGAAGGAGGACCUGUACACGCUGGUGGGUACGGGCUUGAGUGAGGAAUGGGUGGAGGAAGCGGUGUGGAGAAUCUUUGUGAAGAAGCCGGCGCAAGCGGAAGAAGAGGGGUUCGGGAGGUCGUUGGAGAAGAUACGGCAGAUGUGCAAGGGGUUGGGGUACGCGUACGAGGUCAUGGGGGAGGGGCUGCAGUGGCUGCGGAGGCUGAAGAUCCUGAAGGAUGAGCCGGUGUCGAAGGACGGGACCCCGGACAUCUCGUGGAACUUCGCCUCAACGGAUGCGAAGGCGUUGUUCCGGGUGAAGAAGUCGGUGGAGUACCCGGAAUGGGUCAUGAGGCUGGCGUUCAGCAAGACGAAGAAGGGGGCGCACUUGGCGCGGUACAUGUUCGGGCAGGGGCAGGAGUGCAAGGAGAAGGCGAGCGCCAAGACAAAGAAGAGCAAGGACGUGGAGGAGGCGGGCAAGAGGUCGGUCUGCCAGUACCUACAGUGGCUAUUCCCGCCGUCGGAGGGUUGGACGGACGCGCAGGGGCUGUACUCGGGGGUGCCGGAGGCGCUGGACCUGCGUAAGAACGUGCUAGAGGCGAUCGCGACUGGGGCUGUGUUUGGUGGAAAGUGGGAGGUUGAAUCAGCACCGGCGACGGUGUACAAUCUCGAGGACGAGAAGAAGCUCGGGGUGCCGUUAGAGAGGGACUGUGGGGGGGAAGUUCCGGAGGGACUGAUCGAGCUUGGGAAGGAAACGGGGCGGGAAUACAUCACGAGGAAGGUCGGGGCGUACAAAUUGAACGUCCAGAUUGGAGUAGAGGACGUCGCGGAGGAGGGUCGGGAGGGAGAGGGGAGGCAAAGCCUGUCCAUCAGCUCGACGGAGGUUUACAACGUGGUGGAGGAGUCAAACUCCUUCGUUUUGCCGUCGGUAGCGAAGCUGGUGGAGGGAUUGGAGUAUCUGUGGCUGCUUGACGACGGAGACUGGGAGGAGAAGAAGAAGGGGGUGGACCUGGUGUGGUUCAACGUGCCGCUGCCUCGGUGCGUGCUUACCGACCCGGAGGCGGCAAAGUAUGACCCGCGGCAGCAGCGGCCGUGGGAGACGGACGAGGUGCUGGGGGCGCUGGAGCUAGCGAAGAAGCUCCUAACGCCUGCGGGGGUGCUGGUGGUGGUGGCACCUGUGGGGUUCCCGGAGUCGGCGUUGGAGGGGACGAGUUACACUGGGAUGGUCACCGCCGUGAGAUCGACUGUUACGUUGGUGAUGGAUUUCAAGAAGUCGAAGGACACGACCAAGCACGUGUACGGCUGCCAGGGCAACACGUUCCACGUCUACUACGUGACGGUGGCGGCGUCGGACCUGACGUCCAUGGUGAAGGGAAGUGCGUGGAGGGACACUCUUGAAGGGGUACCUUUCCACGGAAUCUUGAAGAAGCACGGCUCGUACAAGCCCUACUCUUUCCUUGAGUGGGAGGCCUCUGGCAAGGGGCUGUCGACCAAGAUGGUGACGAGCCUGGUCGGGGGGGUGCCGCCGCGCGGUGGGACUGCCGUCGUGCUCAACGCCAAGGGGGGCAGGGAGGUGUCGGCCAUCUCAAAGGCCGGCUUAAAAGUCCUCGCGACGUACUCCGAAGCCAAGGAGACGUUCCCUGGAUUGCUCGAGGAUUCGAAGACCGGGAAGAAGUGGGGGGGUACCGACGGGUCAGCAGAAGAGCAGGUGGAGAAGGGGCCGACAGAAACGGCCCCGACGGAGACGGCCGGAGCUGGACAGUUGAAGGGGAAGGAGAAGACCGCGGAGUAUGCAGAGUCGGUAGCCGGAGACACCGGCAGGGAUAAGUCUGCGGAGGAUGAGGAUGAGGAGAGGGCCGAGAUCGAGGACGAGCUUGCGGAGGCCGCGGCGGAGGGUGAGGAGGGCGAGUCGGAGCCUGCAGAGGGUGAGGAGGAGGAGGGCGGGGAGGAGCCUGCAGAGGGUGAGGAGGGGACAACAGAGGAGAAGGGCGAGGAGGGUGCGGGGGACAAGGAAGGGGAGAAGGCCGCGGGGACGGCACAGCUGAAGGCAGCUGGGGGCUCCGGAGAGGCAGGCGAGUCAAUCGCCGGCAGCUCGGACCCCUACACUCUAGAAUUGAAGCGUUUGGACGCUGAGAAGGGAGAGUAA